UCCUGAUCGUGUCUGCUGUCCUAAAUACAAGUGAUACCAUCAUCUUCAACACACAUACAUGGGUAUACUAACACUCUAGAGUGUAUCCCUCGAGGGAACCCAUGCUGGAGAUGGGUGGCGCCGAUGUUGCAGCAGAGGCUGCCGACGUCACCACUACUACGCAGGGCAGAGUUGACAACCUGGAGAGCGAAGUUUCAGGCCUGACGGACGAGGUACAGCAGCUGGCAGGGACUCUCCGAGUCUCCCUCGGAAAGUCAGAAAAGGAGGGGGAGUCCGGCGGCGCUGGGGUGGGCGCUGUCGUUACGGGCACUACGUCUGCCCGCGGUCUGCUGGAAGAGCGGCCGCACAACGACGGAAUCACGCCGCCCGCACAGCACGGGGGAAGAAGCUCCAGACCGGGAGCCAGCCUGGUAGUGCCAAGGAUCCGUGCUGGAGUGGACCCGGGCAUAGGACCGGGCAGCGGGGAGGUCAUGGGUCAUCAUCCCAACAGCAGCCUGCUGCGGUGGGCGCUUGCAUAG